AUGGCUUCAGAGCCCUCUGCUGCCUACCUGGCAGAAGACCGCAGCCAGCCCGCCCUGAUCGGAAUCGUGGUCGUCACGGCCCUGUCAGCGGUAGUCGUUAUCGUUCGGCUUUAUGCACGACGAGUCCUGGUUCGCGGGCUGGGCUGGGAUGACCUUUUUAUCGUGCUUGCGCAGCUAGUCAGCUGGGCAACAAUGGCCCUCUGCUCGCAGAUCCUCCGCUACGGAUCUGGCCGGCACCUUGUCGCGCUUUUAAAGACCCCAGAAACCCUGGUGCGCAUGUACAAGUGGCUCGUCACAACACAAAUGGUGUACAUGUUCAACCUUUGGCUCUGCCGCGUCUCCGGGCUGACCUUCUACGCGCGACUGAACCCUAUGCCGCGAUUCAUCCUGUACCUGCGCCUGUCGUUUGCGUUUGUGACGGCCGUCUGGGCCGCGCAGAGCUUGAUCAUUGCGCUGCAAUGCAUCCCACUCGAGGCGCUGUGGGAUAAUUCUAUUACUGACAAGAAAUGCAUGGGUUCCGCCAUGGUGUUUAUAUCUACGGGCGCUCUGACGAUCAUUGUCAUGGGGUUGCAGGCGAAGACGGCGAGGAAAUUGGCACUACUGGGAAUCUUGUGUUUUGGGGUUUUAACCUCCAUCCUCCGCAUGGUAUCCAUGAUCGUCUCCGUCCAACACGAAGACGACGCAACCUGGUACUUCUCACCCGUGGUCGCCUGGACAUGCGCCGAGAUCAGCGCCGCGAUCAUCGCCCUCUCCCUGCCCGCACUACGAGCCAUAUUCGGUUUCUUGAAGGAACACCACUCGACGCGCGGCAAAAGCAAUUCGUACCCAAAUACGGGUUCGGGGUCAAAGGGAAUCGGGCUAGACUCGCUUUCUAAGUCGGCAACCAAGCAGCCAAAAGUGUUCCAUGGGAGCGGAGUCUAUGAUAACACGGUUGAUAUUGGGGUUGGGAGGAGUCCAAGUCAGGAGGUUCUCUGGAACGGAUACGGGGACCGAAGUUAUGGGAAUAGGGGUAAUGGGAGUCCGAGGGAGAUUAUGAUCACAGAGACAGUGGAUGUGGAAGUUGGAAGGGGGUAG